GUCAUUUUUAGAACUUAAUUUACAGAAAUAGUUAUUUUCAGUUUUUAAUACCAAAAUGCCAGAUCACGACACUGUUUUAUAUACGCAAGUUCAACCAUGGAGUACAGUAGGCGCUACGCCGUGUAUGGAACAAGUUGCUGGACCUCCUAUGCCCUCAAGAAUUGGAAAUUAUUAUCAAACACCUCUGCCUCACCCAUGGAGACCUACAAUAGGUUACGAACUAGUAGAAGCUAUGCCACUGCCGAGCCAACAUGCUACAAAUGCAAUGGUGGAUCCAUGUUAUACUCCUUAUGGAAUGGCCACAGAACCUUUAAAAUUCCCUAAUCUGGUUACUGGUUUUGAGCGUAAUCCCGCACAUGCAGCAAGAGCAGCACUCUACACAAGAUAUACUCCGCUAGAGUGGACUCAAAAUGCUUUAAAACUAUUUAACGAAUCGGACACCAACAGAAAUUACUCUGAAAGAUUAAGAGGAGAUUUCAUUAGAGUAAUGAGAGAAACCGAUGAAAAAACUGCACAAGGUCAACGGGAAUCCGGCAGGAGAUUAGGUGAGAGAAUAACGGAUACUACAUUCUGGAGGAAUGAAGUGCGAACAGAAUUGGAACGUCUAAUUGCGGAAGCUGAUUUGAUGCAAGGAGUAAAGAGGGCAGUACAAAAAGCUUUAGAUGAUAUCGAAGGACCUUUGCAUAUUGCGCAAGAAUGUUUAUAUCAUAGAGAAAAGAGAGAUGGAAUCGAUAUGGUUCAUGACAUAGCUGAACACGCUUUACUAAAAGAAAUUGAAACCUAUAGAAACAAACAAGAGCAACUAAGAAUUUUGUCGUCUAAAGCAUCGGAUCAGAUGAGAAAUAAUAGAGCAGCUCAAGCUGAGCUAGAAAGGGAUGUACAGAGCAAAGAUUCGGCGCUUGGAAUCGAUAAUAUGUGCCACCAGCUGAAUAAUUUUUCCAAGGGAAUCAACUAUUAUGGAGGAAUAGAAAAAUAUGAUCCCACGACAAGUAACACAGUAACUUGGGCUGAAAAUAGUAACAGAAUAGUGCAAAGAUCCCAAUCGGAGCGUGGCAAGUCGGCUCAAAUGAGAUCCGAUAUCGAAAACUUGAUAAAUGCCUGUGCUCAGGAAGUGUGGGAUGCUUGGAGUAAUACCAACAAUGCUCUAGCGAGAAGAGCAGCUGAAACGUUAGAAAUCAAAAGUAAAUUACAAAUGCAAUUACACAAAGUACAGCAAGAGAUAUUUGACUUGGAGAAAAACAUUGAACUUUUGAAAAAAGCUAUCGUUGAUAAAAGCAAUCCGAUGAGAGUUGCCCAGACGAGAUUGGAGGCCAGAAGCCAUAGAAAAGAGAUAGAAUUGUGUAGAGACACUGCACAGGAUAGAUUGGUGUACGAAGUAAAAGAUCUUCAAGACAGCAUAGAAAUAUUACAUAGAAAGUUGCAGGAAGCUGAGGCCCAACAUCAGCAGCUACUAAAAACCCGUUCUACCCUAGAGACUGAUUUACACAGCAAAGUAAAUUCAUUAUUUAUAGACAGGGAAAAGUGUAUGGGUCUACGAAGAUCAUUCCCUAUUACAGCUACUAUUAAAUAUUAAUCGUGGAAGUUGGAUCAGUAGAAUAAAUAAGUUGUUUGGUUCUGGCACUUUGAUUAUACAUCUACGGCGUUAUGUAUCACUAGACACAAUGCCAAAAAAUUAUUUGACUUAAUUUCAUUCUAGUAUAACACAGUAAUAUCGUAAUAUAAUGAAUUUUCACAAAAAAUUUUCGAUUUUUUUAUGUAAAACCUGCUUAAUUACCUAUACGAAAAAAUAAAAACAAAAGUUUUAAAUGGACUCAUUUGUCGAUCACUAUUGGUUUAAUACUACCUAUAUGCUUCCUACGUUAUCGUUUAUAAAAAUGUGAUGCCGUGUGCUGUACGCAGUUUCUGUUUAAUAAUAUGUAUGUAAAGCUCUUUAUGAAGCUUCAAGCAAUAUUAGUUGAUAUUGUAUUACUUUGAUCCGACCGUCUCAGCAGAUAUUGUAUUCUAGAUAUUCUACCUGCAACAAUAUCCUCUAUUGUCAAGGUUUCUAACUAACUUUAUCGAUGAACAAAAGACUAAAAUAUGAUUCUGUAUUACCACUGACGCUAAACCAUUAAAAUAGAGAGUCCACCUUAUUAAUCUUCUUCGCUAUUCAGUCCUAUCUAUUGACAACUGUUGCAAGUUAGUACACCAGUUUUCCUAACGUGUUAAAAUCCUUGUUUCACUUUCUUUAUUUCUGUAGGUCACUUGUUUCUUGUGAAAGUAUUAUUGCCAAAACUUUCCAAGUGGCUCUUUCCAUUUGUAAAAGUGUGUUACAGCCAAGACGGUUUUGGAGUAUAUACGGGGUGUCUCACAAAAAUAAAACGAGGAUUUUAACACAUUUCCAUCCAAGUUUUGACCUAUUUCUCUGUCUACUUCACUCGGUAUCUGCUUGUGCUAGAUAUCCUAGGCACCUUAGCUUUCCUGUUUUUAUGAUACUACAUCUAUUCCAUUAGAUAUUUUUUAUCUACGUAAUAUUUGAACCCCACUCUAGAAAUUUCACCAAAUACUCAUCUUAGGAUCAUUCAUUCAAAGACCAGUGUAUUAUUUUUAUGUGUUUUGGAGAUAAAUCCAUAUGGAAGCACUGGCAAAAUAAGUUUUGUAUAUUAUUUUUGUUUUUUGAUUUUAAUUGUCUUGUCAAUCCAAAGCAGAUCAUCAUGUAUAUAGUUAUAAGAAACAGCUACUACCUAAGAGCUAUAAUUGUUGACAGUAAAUUAUGACCAAUAUGUUAGGUUUACGGUUUUUCUCUUUAUCGUAAAUUACACAUUUGUAUUACACCAAGACUGUUGAAAGGGAUACACACCAAAUCAUUUCCAUAUUGUAGUCUGAUGUUUUUCAAACUGUUGUGAAUGUUCGUCCUGUAUUAAUACUGUGAUACCUUUAUGCAUUUUAACUCCCUACCAGUUGUAUUAGUUUGCUAUGAGUUUAAAUUCGCCCAUAGUCUAGUAACUCAUGAACAAAAGAAUUAAAUUUAAAAAAAAUUAAUAUAAUGUCAAUAAUUUGUCCUAAUUCUAUAUACUUCUUGAAUUUUUGUGAAAAAUUUCAUUUACCAAUAGUUGAAUAUUAAGUAUUUUCAUUAUGUAAAAUGGCUACUAUUUAACUAAACUGUUUUCAACUCCCUGAGUAUUUCAGGUAAAGACAUUUUGAAAUACUUUGCGUUUAUAAAAAUUACUAUACUAACAAAGGCUUAUCACUAGGAAAUAUAAAUUUCCUAGUGAUAAGCCUAUUGACUAUUGAUAAGACCUAUAAGAUAUUGGUCUAGUAAUAAAAAAUCCAUUACAAGAAAAAUGGUUCUUGGUAUAGCUAAUCAUUUCCAAAAAACUAUUAUAAAGGUAGAUUUCGAAUUUAAGGAAGUGGCUAUUUGUCUAGUGAUACAUAACUCUGUUCACAGUAGGAUAUUACAAAAUGUUGAAUGUUUAAAAAUCCUAGCUAAAGUACCAGUGACAAAAAUAUCAAAAUCCACCUGCAACUGCACAAACUGAAAAUAAUUGUAUAAUAAAAUAAGAACUUAAUAAAAAUACAAUAGACUUUU